UCGCGUUCUAGUGUGACACGAACUAAUUUAGUGAACUUGAUCUCGCGAUUUUCGUGCUACACAAAAUAAGUGUGUUGACGGCGUGAAGAACAACCCAACGACCCCUUGAGUGCUCUACUGGCAACGGAUUGUAAAGUGAUCUGCCAAGAUAAACACAAAAGAACUAAAAAUCUGCUUCGUUUUCGGACCCACAUGGACCCUUGUAGCGGAAAAAUGGAUGAAGGAAGACACAGGCGCACUUGGAGGUUUCGUCAUGAGGAGUCGACGCCGUUGCAGCCUCUGCCACCAGUACCAGUAGCAUCGUCUGAAUCAUCGACGACUGCCCGAGCUCCACGUCCAUCACUGGCUUUCGUCAUCGCCGUCAGCAUCAUCCUCCUGGUCCAGACAUCAAUGCAGUGCUCAGCAGAACCGCUUAGCAGCUCGACAGAAUACAUCACUGCUGAAAAAACCUUAAAUUCGAGAAACAAGCUAAGUACACCUGCGGUGACAGAAACUUCUACGACAAAAGUUCAUCCACCCGUAACGCAAAGGCCAGCGAAAGUAUCUAAACGAUCAGGGAGUCAACUUGAUGGCAAGCCUAAGAAAACAAUAGCAGCAAAGGAAACGCAAAACCGGUCGCGGGAGGCACUCUCCCAUGAAGGAAGCGAACGUGAUUCGGUAAUUUAUUUAUCUGAGACAGCAGGAUACGUUCCAGUUACAUCAUUUCGAGGAGAACAUCCACCGCUUACUCAUCUAUCUGCCCCAGGAGCAGUUUCUGCAAGUGGAAGUGCUGGCUAUCAUGCUGGAACCAUCGAUAUUGACACUUGGCGGCCGGAUGUAUGGGACCGCGACUAUAAUAAGAGGUUGCGGAUCAAUACUACACGCGUACAACAUAUUGAAGCCGAAUGUCAGGACGAUUAUAUGAAGAUUCGAAUUGGAUUUAAUGGAUCUUUUGCUGGCCUUUUAUAUUCAGCAGGAUAUGCAUACGAUCCUGAUUGUAUGUACAUAAAUGGAUCUGGUCGGGAUUAUUAUGAGUUUUACAUCCAGUUGAAUCGAUGCGGAACGCUUGGAAAAAACGCACUUUUGGAAGAUAACAGGAAAAGCCCGACGAAGAAUUUCAUGUGGAACACAAUUACGGUGCAGUACAAUCCGCUAAUUGAAGAAGAAUUUGACGAACAUUUCAAAGUAACGUGCGAAUAUGGUUACGACUUUUGGAAAACGGUCACCUUCCCUUUUUUGGAUGUAGAAGUUGCUACGGGUAAUCCAGUAGUCUUUACGCUGAGUCCUCCGGAGUGUUAUAUGGAAAUAAGAAAUGGGUAUGGAGUCGCCGGAACCCGUGUCACUGGCCCGGUACGAGUUGGAGAUCCAUUAACUCUAAUUAUUUACAUGAGGAGCAAAUAUGAUGGAUUCGACAUAGUGGUGAACGAUUGUUACGCUCAUAACGGAGCCAACAAACGUAUUCAACUCAUCGAUGAAUUCGGUUGUCCAGAGGAUGAUAAACUUAUCUCCCGAUUUCGUGGUACAUGGUCUGAAUCUGGAGUAUAUGAAACGCAAGUAUAUGCUUACAUGAAAACUUUCCGAUUUACCGGCUCUCCUGCUCUCUACAUUGAAUGCGAUGUAAGAAUGUGCCAUGGACGUUGCCCGAGCCAAAGGUGCCACUGGAGAAAUUUAAAGAGUGUCGCAAAACGAGAAGUUACUAGCAAUCAAACAAUUUUAGAAGAAAGUGAAGAUAAGGAGAAGAGCGAGGUAUCAUUGUCUGAAAACGUGAACUUAUUCCAGUCUCUUCGAGUACUUCAAGAAGAGGAUGGCGUAGAGGAAGAAACCGCUGAAACCAUUAGACAACCGACACCUACGGAAACAUGUAUUCGAACGUCAGUUCUGUCAGCUUUAACGGCAGGACUAUCAAUAACCAUUUGUAUUCUGUCAGUCUCUUUGAUGAUCACAUGUGCGAAACUUCGUUAUAGGAAAAAAGAAAACAGUUUAUACGAUGCCUACAUAAAUCACAAAGGUCAAAUCGACUAAAUUUUAACUAAGUUUGUAUCUUAUAACUUCAACUUAUUAAGAAGUAACAACGCUUUCAAUAUCAAAGGUAAUAUUAACCGUUUUACACGUAUAAAUUCGAAACCACAAAAGUGUAAGAAUAUGGAAGUAUCAAAUUUAAGUAAUGGCAGAUUUAAGAAUAGAAAGUUAUUAGUCAAAUUUUAGCAAAUAAAAAAUGAAAUCAAAAUUAAAAGUGUAUCCGGUUGUUGUUAUACAUGUGGUGUUUGAUGUUAAAAUUGUCGAUUUUUUGAGACUUGAUCCAACUUCUGCUUUUUCUACCAAACCGUGAACCCAAAAAAGAAAGUGUAGAUGUAGUUUUGUUUAGAACACACGUAAUUGACCUAGAACUAACCGGAUCGGUUGAAGAAAUAGAAUUUUAGCAACUUUUAAAAAAUAAAAUUUCAAAUCGGCUCCUUUUUUUCAACUAAAGCAUCGAAAAAGUGACUUAUUGUCAACCAAUCUCGGAAAAUCUAGUUGGGACUAAAAUGACAGGUGUUAGAAUCAUUUUGAUAAAAAAAUAUUAAAAUCAAUCCAGUAGUUCCUGUGAAAAAUGAGAAGAAGUUUCAGAAUAUUUUUGUGACCACUCAGGAUAUAAUAUGUUAAGUUUAAAAGUCGAAAAAAUAAAACAAAAAAAGGAUCAAGCAAAUAGAAUAAUAAAUAGUCAAGCAAUUUCAAAAAGUGCCCCGAAAAACAGUAUGUCACAAGCACAAUUCAUAUGAAAAAUGUGCUGUUUCGCGUCUUCUUGUUAGUUAUUUGUAUGAAAUUUCUUGAUUUGCCUUCACGAAUAAAUUUACGAAAAAAAAAAUUAUUGCAAGUUUCCACAUUCUAUCGACUGCUGACUGUGCAAACUCCUUAACAUUUUAGGAUCAUUCCUGACGAAGUAAUCAA